AUGGAUAAUUAUCAAGGUGAUUUAACAGAUAUUCUUCGAGCCUCAGGUGGAGCUUUAGGCCAAUCAGAUGUUCCUGUUUCAGACUGGGAAUUCCCUUCUGAUCCCAUAAAUCUCUCAUCGUCGACUAUGGGAGAAAAUAGAGAUGAUAUUUUUGGUGAUCCUUUUUGCAACAUGAGAGAUCCCCUUCUUCAUGAGCUUAACGUUGCUGGUUCAAGCUAUUUUAGCAGCCCAAAUUCAGCAGAUCAUUUGUUAAGUACUGCUACUGUUGAUCACGAUCAUACUGGUAGUUUUGUUGCUGCAAAUAGUGCUGCUCCUGCUCCUAUUACUAGUAGUAAUAGUAUUCUUGCUCAUCAAAAAGUCUUUGAAGAUCAUGAGAUGCAUAAGCCUGCUGCUACCACUCCUACUCCUACUCCUUGCAAUAUAUUUUCCAGAAUUCAGAUCUCACCAAUCAAUCCUCCAAAGUUGCCUGUUUCGCCGUGUAAUUCUCCGGUUAUAGCUACCGGUGCUUCGCCGAGGGGGUUUAAGCCGUCUGCUAUGGUUUCUAGUGAUGUAAUUAAUGUUAAUAACUCAAAAGGUUGCUUGAUUGAGAACAUUGGACCAGUGCAGAUCUCAUCUCCAAGGAAUCUGGGGAUCAAGAGAAGGAAGAGUCAGGCAAAGAAGGUGGUUUGUAUUCCAGCACCAGCAGCUGCAAAUAGCAGGCCUAGUGGAGAAGUAGUUCCAUCUGACUUGUGGGCAUGGAGAAAAUAUGGACAAAAACCCAUCAAGGGUUCUCCGUAUCCAAGGGGUUACUAUAGAUGCAGCAGCUCAAAGGGUUGCUCAGCAAGGAAACAAGUAGAGAGGAGCAGAACUGAUCCUAACAUGUUGGUGAUCACCUACACUUCUGAGCAUAACCAUCCAUGGCCAACUCAGAGAAAUGCACUUGCUGGAUCAACAAGGACCCAACCAACAAAGGGCAAUGCAAGCUCAAGGAGCUCCACCGGUUCUCAAGCACAGAAAACAGGAAACACAAAGGAAGAACAGAAGGAGAGUAGCAAUGAUACAUUGUCUCCUACGAACAUUAAUGUUGGUUGUAGCAGCUCAACAGCAAGUGCAUCUGUCAAAGAGGAGUUUGAUGACAUCGAGAAGCAAAUGGAGAUGGAUGAUAAUGAUCAAUUCAGUGAAGGGUUUUCUCACAGUUACAGGCCAUCAAUGCCAGAUCAAUCUGAUCAAGACUUCUUUGCUGAAUUGGGAGAAAUAGAUGCUGACCCUCUUGACCUAUUGUUUACACAAGGAUUCAACGGAGAGGAGCAGAAAGAAAGCAAGGCCUUGGACCCUUUCAGCAUCUUUGAUUGGUCUGGAGACACAUACACAAACACAUCAUUUGGAGAAGCAAAGAGAGGUUUAUAA